GAACCCAGACGGCGCCGAGUAUUUAAGAGUGCGCGAAACCAGAACACAUCUCAACAAGCCAUGGCAACCACCUUGGGCUGCCGCCUUACCGUUCUUGCCUCACCCGCUGCCUCUCGGUAUAACGAUGUGAACCUCAAAAGACGCAACAAGCCCAACAGGGUUGCUUGCAAAUCUAACUUGAGUACAUUCCCUAUAUUGUCCAGCAGCAGAAAUCUACAACAACCUAAUCACAAUCUGCACGGCUGGACUUCUACAGGAUUGCCAAGCUUGCACCUGUCUGCUACAUCAUCCACAUUGUUAAGGGGAGAACGAGGCAGUGAUCAGUCACACAAACUACCAUUGUUACUUAGACAACGCAAGUCUUCAACAUUGGCACAAGCAAAAAAGAAUAAUUCCGUCACCAUACCUUUCCCAAAAAUGAAAGAGAAGCCAGAUUGGUGGUGGAGAACUUUAGCAUGUCUCCCCUACUUGAUAGCUUUGCAGACGUCUGAUACUGGGUUUCUCAUUAGACCCUUCACAGAACACUACGAAGUAUUUAAAGAUUUGGUUUAUUAUGUCCCAGGAGCAAUAACGAGGUUACCUGUCUGGUUCACAAUGAUAUAUACCUUACCUACAUAUUAUGGAGUGGUGAAGAAGAAAGAGUGGCCUCACUUCUUUAGGUACCAUAUAAUGAUGGCGAUGUUGUUAGAAAUGAUACUGCAAGUGGUAGAGGUUUCGAGCAAUUUUUUUCCGCUGAUACACUUCGAUGGGACGUUCGGCAUAGAAUACUGGGCAGUUGUCUCAUUCGCGUACAUCUUCAUCUUGUUGAAGUGUAUAAGGUGUGCUCUUGGUGGCAAGUAUGUCAAACUCCCAUUCUUUAGCACACCAGCGUUAGCGCAUACUCUUUUUGAAAUAGAAGGCUACUACAAACCUUUCUAGAGAGUCAUUCAGGCGCCCUCGUCAGUUGUAUGUUGUUUUAGUUUUUUGUUGGCUUAGAGAUGUAAGGUUAUGUAUAAGAUCAAUUUACAUCUGUACUAGUUAUUGGCUUACUUAUUUUCAUUGCAUUUGUUCUGGGUUCUUGUAUUGUAAAAGAAAAACAAGUCAAAAAAACAAGAAAUAAAAUUCCAUUUGAAUAA